CGCCAGCGCCGCUGCGCACUGUCCCGGCAAGGUCGCUUGGUCGCUAAGCGGGAUCUCCGCGGCUCGAUCCCGUUUGUUCUGGGCGGCGAGGUCGAGGGCAUGUCGGGGUUCACGCCAGACGAGAAGCUGCGGCUGGAGCAGCUGCGCGCCCUGAGGAGACAGUGGCUGAAGGACCAGGAGCUGAGCCCCCGGGAGCCCGUACUGCCGCCGCAGAAGACGUGGUUGGCCUUCUGGGAUAACUUCGCGCAGAGUGACUCCGUCUGGAGGAGAUUUGCUUUUAAGGCCUGCCGAAGUGGAAUGUCUGUUUUUGCUAAUAUCCUUAUACCAGCCUGGAUUAUUCACUAUUAUGUCAAGUACCAUGUACAAACAAGACCAUAUGGCAUCGUUGAAAAGAAGCCCAAAAUAUUUCCAGGUGAUAAAAUUCUGGAGACUGGAGAAGUGAUUCCACCAAUGAAAAGUUUGUGAUAUACAUGAUUAUCAUUAAAAAUGAUCUUAAAAUUCCAAAA